GCCGGCCGUGCCUGACUGUCUGCCGAGGGGCGCUGUGGCGCGGUUUCGCCCUCUCAGGCCUGGCGGAGGCGGAAGCGUCUUUCCGUUCGGGCUGCUUCUUUCGCCGCCUCCCCUUCCCGUCGUCACUCCGCUUCGGUCGCGGCCUUCGCGGACCGGCUGGGAAGAAGUCUCGGAGAGCGAGAGAGAUAAGGUAUCCUGCCACCUCUUAAAUUACUAUGAGUCUACUACAUAGUAGCACAAGUUUUGAAAUCAAUGAUCAACAGAGUGACUGCUGUGCAGCCAUGGCCAGUGCUUGCAGUGCUGGGACCAAGGAGGAAAGCUUCACUGCCCCCAUCAGCAAUGGUACUGGUGGGACACUUUCAAACUCUUUCAUGGAGGAAACCCAAGGCUAUGAUGUGGAGUUUGACCCACCACUGGAAAGUAAAUAUGAAUGUCCUAUCUGUUUAAUGGCUCUACGGGAAGCAGUACAGACGCCAUGUGGACAUCGUUUUUGCAAAGCUUGCAUUGUCAAAUCCUUAAGAGAUGCAGGUCAUAAAUGUCCAAUAGACAAUGAAAUGUUACUAGAAAAUCAACUCUUCCCUGAUAACUUUGCAAAACGUGAAAUCCUCUCACUGAAAGUGAAAUGUCCCAACAAAGGCUGCAGUCAAAAGAUGGAGCUAAGGCACUUAGAGGACCAUCAGCUACAUUGUGGAUUCGCAUCAGAAAAAUGUUCUCAAUGUCAAGGAAUUUUCCUGAAGAACCAGUUGCAAGAACAUAUUCAGCUAGAAUGUCCACGGCGGCAAAUUGCUUGUCCAAAUUGUGCCAUGUGUAUGCCUUAUGAAGAAAAAAUGGUUCAUGAUGAAAUAUGCCUUUUGGCAAAUGUCUUCUGUGAAUAUUGUAAUACAUUGCUAAUCAGAGAACAGCUGCCUAAUCAUUACGAUAAUGACUGCCCUACUGCUCCAGUACCAUGUACCUUUAGUGCAUUUGGAUGUCUAGAAAAGAUGCAGAGAAAUGAUUUGGCACGCCACAUGCAAGAAUUUACUCAGGUUCAUAUGAGAAUGAUGGCUCAGACUCUUCGGAGCGUUAGUGUUACUACUCCAACUUCCACGAAUUUUUCUGGAACUUUACCCUUUGACCCAUCACUCUUCUCUCAAGGCAUGCCACCCUCGUGUGAGUGUAGUCCAGAGGUCCAGAACUUCAAGGAGACUAUUCAGCAACUGGAAGGUCGCUUGGUAAGACAAGAUCACCAAAUUAGAGAACUCAUUGCAAAAAUGGAGACACAACACUCCCAGAUGGGAGAUCUCAAACGCACCAUCCGAACUCUAGAGGAAAAACUUGCUGACCUUGAAGCCCAACAAUGUAAUGGUAUUUUCCUGUGGAAAAUUGAAAAUUUCAGUGUGUACCUAAAAGCCCAGGAGGAAGAAAGACCAGUUGUGAUCCAUAGUCCAGGUUUCUACACAGGGAAACCAGGAUAUAAACUUUGCUUGCGUCUGCAUAUCCAGUUACCAAGCGCUCAACGUUGUGCUAAUUACAUUUCUCUUUUUGUUCACACCAUGCAAGGGGACUAUGACAGUCAUCUCCCUUGGCCUUUCCAAGGCACCAUACGUCUAUCAAUUUUGGAUCAGUCUGAAGGAUCUCCAAGACACAACCAUGAAGAAGUAAUGGAUACUAAGCCUGAGUUGCUAGCCUUCCAACGUCCUAUGGUCCAUCGCAACCCAAAGGGCUUUGGAUAUGUAACUUUUAUGCAGGUGCAAGCCCUAAAACAAAGAACAUACAUAAAAGAUGAUAGUCUCUUGGUACGGUGUGAAGUUUUAACACGUUUGGACUUAACCAGUCUCCGAAGGGAAGGUUUUCAGCCUCGUAGUACAGAUGGAACAUCAUAGCCUAUUGUCCAGUCUUGAUUGUUAUGUAAUUAUGAAAACCAAGCUUGGUUUAAAUUAUUUGGCUCCCUAAGGGGGAGCAGCAAAUGAAGCUCCUGUUUCAAAAAGAAAAAAGUCAUGAUGUUAACCCAAGGUAGCAAAAUUCUGGUAGUACCACUUCCUACUCCUUAGGAAUCAAAAAGCAGCAAUAAUAAAUAAAUAUGUAUUUUAUGUCUUUUUUGCUACAUGAAAAAUAUUUCACCUAUAGCAGCUGCUUUUCUAUCUUAUAUGAAGAAUCUCCAGAACUGUAAAUGAAGAGUGAGAUUCAUAAAAAUCAUAGAUCUUUGAAGCAGAAGUUAGACUGCCUGUCUGGGAAAAUAGUAUGCUUUUCAGGAAAGGGGAAAUCAUUCUUCUGUCAUAAGACAAAAUACAUAUCUAGUACACUCUUCUUCCGGUAAGCUAGAUAAAUGACUGACUUAUCAGUAGCUGAUGUGUGCUGAAAAUUGUAAUUAAAACUGAGCCACUUGCUGUACAGCCAGAGUACAGUAAGUCAUUAGAAGAUUGACAGCUAAAGCUAUAAACGUAUUUGUAUCUCAUAAGUUAAAAUUGUGAAAUACACUAUAUUGCCAAAAGUAUUCGCUCUCCCAUCCAAAUAAUCAGAAUCAGGUGUUCCAAUCACUUCUA